GGCAGGUGGGGACAGGAAAGCUGGUAACAGGGAACGCAAGACUGGGAAGGGAGAGUAUUGACAUGUUGUGGGGUUGGCAACCAAUGUCACAAACAAUAUGCGUACUAAUUGUUUAAUGAGAAGCGAGUUUGCUCUGUAAACCUUCAUCAAAGUACAAUUUUAAAAAAUUAAAAAUCAUUAAAAAAAAAGAAAAACAUGUUUUUAAGACAACUGAACAUUUUACUGAAUGAAACCUUCCUAUCUAACCUAUCUCUUCCUCUGGAAUGAUCUUCUCCCAGCCUCCCUUCGGGGAUCACCAUCUCCACGACAGGGUCACCCGUGGGGUACCAAGCCAACUGUUUGUGUAUUUAAGGGGAAGGCGUCUGCACGUGUCUCGCCUGCAACUUCCAGGCUGUAGGUGACACCGAGCGGGGGGCGGUGGUGGGUUGGGGAGGAGACCGGCUGUGAAGGGGAGGGCGGCUGUGCAGAGAAGGGGGCAGUAGGCUUCCGCGAAACGAGGCAGGUGGAAAGGGGCAGGGCUCCGGGAGGCCGCGGAGUUUCUCGGCGUCAGGAGGGCUGUCUCUGCUGGGAGGGCCCAGGCUGUCACCGCUGCGGCGCGAGGGCUCGAGAGCCGCUUGGAGAACUUGGCCCCGCGCAGCGACCCUCGCUCGGCUCCCCGGGAAGCAGGACCUCGCGCCAUGGGGUGUUUCGAGUGCUGUAUUAAAUGCCUGGGAGGCAUUCCCUACGCCUCUCUGAUUGCCACCAUCCUGCUCUAUGCUGGGGUGGCCCUGUUCUGUGGCUGUGGUCAUGAAGCACUUUCUGGAUCUGUCACCAUUCUGCAAACCUACUUCGAAAUGGCAAGAACUCCCGGAGACACUCUGGACGUCUUCACCAUGAUUGACAUCUUUAAGUACGUGAUCUACGGCAUUGCGGCUGCAUUCUUUGUGUACGGCAUUUUGCUGAUGGUGGAGGGUUUCUUCACAACCGGGGCCAUCAAGGAUCUCUAUGGAGAUUUCAAAAUCACCACGUGUGGCAGAUGUGUGAGCGCCUGGUUUAUUAUGCUGACAUACCUUUUCAUGUUGGCCUGGCUGGGAGUCACAGUUUUCACCUCACUGCCAGUUUACAUGUACUUCAAUCUGUGGACCAUCUGCCGGAACACCACCUUAGUGGAGGGAGCAAAUCUCUGCUUGGACCUUCGUCCCUUUGGAAUUGUGACAAUCGGAGAGGAAAAGAAAAUUUGCACGGCCUCUGAGAACUUCCUGAGGAUGUGUGAAUCCACUGAGCUGAACAUGACCUUCCACUUGUUUAUUGUGGCGCUUGCUGGAGCUGGGGCAGCAGUUAUUGCUAUGGUUCACUACCUUAUGGUUCUGUCUGCCAACUGGGCCUAUGUGAAAGAUGCCUGCCGGAUGCAGAAAUACGAGGACAUCAAGUCGAAGGAGGAGCAAGAACUUCACGACAUCCACUCUACCCGCUCCAAAGAGCGGCUCAAUGCAUACACAUAAAGCCUGGCUCUCCUCCCUACCAUUCCAAUGCUUUGGUGUUUAACUAAAGGCCAUCCAACCUCCAACCACUGAAAAACAAGACGAAAGUGCUUCUCAGCAGUGAUGUGUAGGGUGACUUAUGAAUCACCUGAAUACGAGUCUUUGUUGAUUAGCACUGAAUUUGCUAAUUUGUUAAGUUGGUGUAAUCAGAUCUCUUCUACAAGCUCCUAUCCAGCGCCCCCCCUUUUUUCUGAUUUUUCAAACUCACUUAAUAGUUCUGUAAAAUCAAAGAUACUAACAUCAUCAAAGGCAAAGAUUUGUUUGAUUUUUAACCACUUCCAAUGUGUUAUACAGAACACCUUUUGCAUUACUUCUUAUGUUUUUGAAAAGAAAACAAUAGCUUUUUAUACACUUUAGUUUUUAUUUCGGUAACUAGCUUAACUACAGGUAACCUUCAAAGGGACCAUUGUACGUUAUGAACAAUAGACAGGGAUGACAUGAGGACACCUCUUGAAACAUGGAUAUCUUGUCUAAAGAUCAGAGGCCGUAUUACUAUAGGCCCCGGUUAAGGUUUUCAUCAACUAAGGUGCAAUUUCUAAAUUUGUAAGAGUAGGUAAAAAAACAAAAAACAAAAAAAAGUGCUUCUUAUCUUUGUUACCAUUGUAUUUUUCUUGGUGUACUUUAAAGGUGUUUCUCUCUGAUUACUCAUGUUUAUGUUGUGAGCACGUAGAACAUCGAUGCUAACGCAUGGCUCCUUGGCUUUUUAAGAUUGUGACACCAGGCUUACGUUUUAAAGUUGAGUGUAGAGACGAAUGGAUGGAGAUAACUCCUAGUGGUCUGCAGAAGGUCGAUCUCUUUGUGAUGUCAGCAGUGGCUGGAUUGGAACUUUUAUGCUAAUGUGGAAGAUUGAUUGCCUUUAUGAAGGUGACAUAUUAAAAAUAAGCACACUAACCCCCGAGAAGUUGUUUUACCUGCUUUAGAAGUUUUAAUGGAUUGCACCUCUGUAAACUGCCCUAAAGCGUGUAUGAUAUAUUUGAAAAGGCUUCCAUGAAUAUAAUAGCUUUGCUUGCAGCCUUCCAAUCUACGUCGGUUUACCUGUAGUGUUUUUAAAAGCGUGGUCGGAGGAGGCCACAAUAGAAUGUAUCCUUUGAAAGUGUAGUGAUAUAUUUGUGUUUUUAUUUCAAGUAAGCCAUUUUAACAACAAAUGUUCAUUCAUAUUCAUUUAUAAGAAGUUCCUGUAUCAAAGGAAUUAAAAAAAAAAAAAAGCAAUCAGUAUUAUUGGACCAAAUCCGCUGUUUGUUUCAACCUCGACUUUCUUCUUUUCGAUUCUUUCUAAUGCUACAAGAAUGCUGUAAAGUGUCUUUUAAAACGAUGUAGCCUGACAAGACAUUUUUGUCAGUUAUAAAACUAGGUGGUGGCGCGCACUGAUUUGACCAUUGUGAAAUCCUUUCUCGAUAUAAGUGCAUUUCUAAUAAAAUUUAUUGAGUGAAACAAUCUUUGUACAAUGACCAAUCAUGCAUCCAGUAAUUUUACAAGUUCUUGUAGUAGGUAGGGGGUAUUACUAGACUUCUCUGUGGCAUGAUUAUGCAUUCUGUAGAAUUAUUUAAUUAAUUUGGGGAUGGUUUCGCUUCUUUUUUUUUACACUUAGCUUAUCUUACUGGUUGAACAUUUUUCUGAUAUACGCAGUAUUACAUAUAUUCAGCAAAAGUAUUAAUGGGCUUCCUUCAAUGCUAUAUUAUAGUGUUUCAGUUCUGUGUCUUAACAGUUUGUGAUGAUUUUUAAAAACUGUCUUUGAAACUUAUGUAAUGAUGUUGACGCUUUGAGCUUUUUUUUCUGGUAUUAGAGUUUGUAUUUUCACAAAGAGUGCUUUGUAGCAGGCAUUACAAUUAAUCUGUUUUGUACAUAAAUGUGCCAACAGCUUGAUGGUGGCGUUUUUGAAAUGUAGAACAAGGUGCUUGCAAAAUGUAAUAAACACACUUGUGUAAUUUGUGUACUUAUUAUUAGUUUCUGCGGUGUUUUUUAUUUUGUUGUUUUGUUUCUCUUUCUUAUGUGUAUGCAUUCCUUUCAAAUGAAAAAGACUCCAUCUCCUUAGUAUUCUUAUUUCAGUUAUACUGAGCUAAAAUUCAAGUUUCUGUGUAUGGACAUGCAGUUCAGGAACGCUAGGCAGCCUGAGUGGGGAGCUGGA